AUGGAGCACAACAACAACCAGAUCGGGACUGAAGAGUCCACUGCACCUGCCCUUCCAACCACUACCGCCUCCCCCUCCCUUGUUAGUGCCGCUGCUGGAAAUCUGCAGGUAGCCCAGAGCGACCACAACGCAGGCGACCUCGACCUUUCUCCUGAUGGUGGGCCCGUUGUUGAUGAUUCUGGCGAUGCAGGGGUCCCGCUCGUCCGCUCUCCAGCUGUUACUAAUCCGAGGGACGAUCCCACUAGCCCGCGUGUGCACUGGACGGCCACAGAGAUGCUUCAGCUGGUGCAGGCCAGAGUCGACCUGGAUCCUGACUGGGAUCUCAUGCGCGGAGUUCAAGGUGCCAACUACUGGGCUGCACUCCACACGCUGGUGCUUGAGCGCCAUCCCCGUUUCCGCUUCAGCCGAGGGGCGAUCAAAAUCAAAAUGUUGAGGAUCGAGGCGCAGUACAAACAGCUCCGCGACAGGCUGUCUCGCUCUGGCGCCGGUGCAAUCCGCUACUUCCCUUCCUGGUACGGACUGAUGGAGACAAUCCGUGGCAAUCGCCCUGGAGUCCAGCCCAUCCACCGUGUGACUGCUGCGAUGAUAACCACUCCUACUCCCCUACCAGUUCCUACCCCAACAGCCGUGACGCACGUUGGUCCUAUUCGUGCAAGGCCUGCUGUUCUAGCAUCUACUACCACCACCAUCCCAAGUGUGGAUGCCACCAUCCGUGCUGCAACGACUGGUGGAUCGGGACGGAACACGCGCACUCCAUCUACGGAUGUGAACUCCCCGGUUACGCCAAGCGGGCCUGUUUCACGCACGCCUACCCCACACACUCCUACUACGGCGGUGGUGACUUCAGUAACCACAACUAAUCAGCCCACCGCACCGCCGUCUGGCACUGGUUCGCCAUCCACGCCAUCACCUUCCGUUCCCACCGCGUCCCCCUCGACCUCCGCGGGUGGGACGGGGACGCCUCCUGCAGGGGGAUCACCAACACAGAGCAAUGGUCGGUCAACGGCAGGCUUGAUUGGUGUUGGCCCGGAGGCUGCAAUUGCCACGGUCAUGGCGGAAAGCAUCGCAAGCGCCAUAAACAGUGCUGUGGACCGUGCAUGCGAUAGGUUUGAGAGCCUUACCCGGUCGUUGGUCGGGUCAUGGCCGGGUCGCAUGGGCGGGCUGGAUGCCCGCCAGGUUGUUUUGGUGGGGCUUCAGAUCCUCCUGGCCGCCAGCUCAUCGUCGAUCGUCAUCCGAGCUGCCAAUCUGGUGGUGGGCGUGGGCUUUCCGGUCUUCCGCUCGUUCAAAGCCAUCGAGGAGGGCUCUCAGGCGGACCGCAACAGAUGCCUUGCGUACUGGUCGGUGUACGGUUGCUUUCGGGUAGUGGAGACAAUCACCGACAGGAUCAUAUCGUGGCUACCCUUCUAUCAGCACAUCAAGCUGCUGCUGCUGCUCUGGCUGCAGCUGCCCUCCACCUCCUCCUCCCGCCCAGCCACGGGGGCAGGGCGGCUGUACGCUAGUCACCUGAGGCCCGUGCUGCUGCGCUACCGGCGGCACAUUGACGGGGCGCUUGUUAGCAUCGACCGCUGCAUGGCGUCCUGGUUCCACGCACACCAGGAGGAGCUCUCUGCUGCAGCACGCAUGGCCCAGUCUGCUACCAGGGCAGGUAAUAUUGGGGCAGGUACUACUCGGGCAGGUACUACUGGGGUAGGCACUAUUGGUGCAGGUACUGCUGGGGCAGGUACUACCGGGGCAGGUAUCACCAGCGCAGGGUGCAAGGUGUCGACAGUUAAGGAUGGUGGUGUCUGGUCAUGGCGCACUUCUGCUUUGGACUCUGCGGUAUCUACAGCUGCUGCUGCCUUCCCACCCGCUGCUGCUGAUGGCCCUUUUGCUUUGACUCAAACGUCGCCCCUGCUCUCCCCCUCACUUCCCCCCCCACUGUCCCCUCACCCCAAUCCUUCCAGCACUUACUGCUCUCGAUUCCGCACGGACAUUCCCCCUUCCGCCCUAUGCGCCCUCUGCGCCCUUUCCGCCCUCUGCGCACUUAGCGCCUCCCCGCAUAUCGAUGAGUUCCGCUGCUUCUGCUGGGCGCUGCUGCGGGCAGCAGCAUAG